GCUUCACCAUGGAAUAUGAAGUCAAGAAAGGGAAAAAGGGCUUCGUGUCCCCCAUCAGGAGGCUGGUGUUCCCCAAGGCUGGGCGCCGGGCAGCCUUUCGGAGCAGUGUGAGCCGCCGGCCCCUGCACUCGAUGCCCCUUUAUCCCCCCGACUACCUCAUCGACCCCCAGAUUCUGCUGUGUGACUAUCUGGAGAAAGAGGUCAAGUUCCUGGGCCACCUCACCUGGGUCACCUCCUCACUGAACCCGUCCAGCCGGGACGAGCUCCUGCAGCUGCUGGACACCGCCAGGCAGCUGAAGGAGCUGCCCCUGAAGACCACGGCGGAGCAGGACAGCAUCCUGAGCCUGUCGGCCCGCUGCCUGCUGCUCACCUGGCGAGACAACGAGGAGCUCAUCUUGCGUAUCCCCACGCACGAGAUCGCCGCCGCCUCCUACCUGCAGGAUGACGCGCUGCACCUACUGGUGCUUAAGACCGGUCUGGGCGUGGACCCGGUGCCAGCCGGCGUGGACGCCAGCCCCGGCGGCGCGGGGCGCGACCCGGGCCCGCCGGGCGCGGCGCCCGAGAAGCGGCGGGUGGGCACUACGGAGCGGCGCCACACCAUCUGCAGCCUGGACUGGCGGAUGGCGUGGGGCGGGGGCGCGGGCGCCGAGGCCCGGGCCGGGGGCGGCGGCGGCAGCCUGGAGCGCCAGCGCGCCGGGGCGCGGGCGUCGGGCAGCUGGGAGCGGCGGCAGACGUUCAGCGGCAGCUGGGAGCGGCGGCACGGCGGCGGCGGCGGCGGCGGCGCGGGCAAGCCCGGCGGCAGCUGGGAGCGGAGGCAGGCGGGCGGCGGCGGCAGCUGGGAGCGGCGCCACCCGGGCCCCAACCCGCUCGACCCGCAGGACCCCAGCCCCGACGCCUACUGCAACCUGGUCAUCCUAGCUGUGGCCAACAGGGAUGCUGCCGAGGAGUCCUGUGCCCUCAUCUGUCAGGUCUUCCAGAUCAUCUAUGGGGACCAGAGCAUCGAAUGCGUGGACCGGGCUGGCUUCCACUAUACAUCCACACCUGAACGGCCGUGGCUCUGCAGCCGCAGUGAGAGCUGCCGCACCGACGGGACCUACGCCUAUGAUGCCGACUUCAGCUGCUGCAGCUCCUUCAAUGGCUCCCAGGACACAUUUGAAGCCUGUUACAGCGGCACGUCCACACCUUCUUUCCAUGGCUCUCACUGCAGCGGCAGUGACCACAGCGGCCUGGGCCUCGAGCAGUUGCAGGAUUACAUGGUCACGUUGCGGAGUAAGCUGGGGCCCCCAGAGAUCCAGCAGUUUGCGCUGCUGCUGCGGGAGUACCGCCUGGGUCUGCCCAUCCAAGACUACUGCGCAGGCCUGCUGAAGCUCUAUGGAGACCGGCGCAAGUUCCUCCUGCUCGGGAUGCGGCCCUUCAUCCCGGACCAGGACAUCGGCUACUUCGAGGGCUUCCUGGAGGGCGUGGGCAUCCGCGAGGGCGGCAUCCUCACCGACAGCUUCGGCCGCAUCAAGCGCAGCAUGAGCUCCACGUCGGCGUCGGCCGUGCGCAGCUACCACGGCACGGCCCAGCGGCCCGAGGCGCAGGACUUCCACCGGCUGCUGGCUGACAUCACGCACGACAUCGAGGCGCUGGCCCCCGACGACGACUAUGACGACGAAAGCGCGGACGAGGAGGCCCGGGGCUCCCCGGGCGGGGGCGAGGCGGCGGAGGACAACUACCUGUAGCCUGUGCCGCCACCCACGCCAAGGGUGGGGAAGGGGGUGACUCUGGAACCCCGCUUCUGAGUCUCACUCACUCUUGCCUGUGGGACCCCAUCCCCAAGACCCCCUCCUUAAAACCAAACCUGGGGCUCCAUCCUCCCGGGGUCUGUGUCCCUACCCACCCGGGGCUCCGGUCCCUGCAGUACCGAGAAUAUCCUGCAGGCGGGCGGGAUCCUAACCGGGACUCUUGGGUGGGCUGCAAACUUCGUCCCACUGGCCCCGAGGGUUCAGCCUCUGGACUCUUCCCUCUUCCUUGAGACUCCGCAGCUUUCUGGAGGCCAAGGGAGGGAUGAAGAGUGGGCUCCACCUGCUGGUCGAUUGAGAAAAGAAUUCCCAGAGCCUGAAGACCUCUGUUCCUCUGAUUUUACAGUUUGAGAAACGGGUUCAAGAGAAGGGACUUGAGGGAGUCUCCUGAUUCCCCUUAGAUAUUACCUCAAACUGAUCAUACUAAAUAGUGUAGAGGGUCUUUUUAAAGCUCUGAAAGGCAGGGUCUCCCCUUCGCAGAUGGAAUUCGAUCCUUAGUGUGGGAUAGAGGUUUCUUUCUAUUGAGGGUCGCCCCAGAGGGGGACGGUCCCAGUCCUGGCCCUAAGGCUCUGAACAAGUUGCUUGUUCAGAUCCUGCAUUUGGCGCUAGACAGGCUAGGCCUCCUGUCUAGUAGCUGUCCUAGCCUCUCUGCAUCUCCCAUUUCCUCUACUGACCAUGAAGUCGGCUCCACCCAACUCACAGCGGGUGGGGUCAUAGGGAUUACUGAAGGUCAAGAUCUUAGUGCUGGGUCUAGCACAUGAUAAAUGCUGUUCCCUUCCACA